AUGGAUGAGAUCCUCAAUGUUCGAGGUACUGCUAUUCAGAUCCAGGCCAGGAACUACAAAUGGGAAACGCUUUUGCAUCUGAUAAUGAAGGGAAGACUCCGCUCCACAAUGCGGGGCAAAAACUUACUGCACAUGGCCGCCGAGGCCAAGAAGAGCAAUGUGAUUCGUCUCCUGCUGGAAGGCUAUUCAGAAGACCAAAGGUACGAUGCACUGAAUCAGACUGACCGAAAUGGACGCACGCCGCUUCAUUAUGCCUGUCGCUCCGGUCGUCCGGAAAGCGUCCGGCUUCUCUUAGAGGCAGGCGCAGAUGUUCGAACAGUGGACAAAGACGGAUACACACCUUUACAUUCAUGCGCACUGUUUGAGCGUUGUUCUAGCAUCCCGAAUGCCGAUAUAUUCCGCGGUACACAUACAGAAUCUGAUGACAAAACACUGCGUGUCAGCGAUAUAACCCACCUCCUUUGUCGCUACGGGGCGGACCUACUAGUAGAGACGAGGCUCCGAAGAACACCAAUUCAACUCGCUAUCGAGAACAACAAUAAAGAGAUGGUCUGUGAGCUAUCUAGAGAGAUGGAUGAAGGAUUUGUCGGAUUGCCUUCCCAGCUCACUCGAACAAAUUAUCCCGAAGGACUUUUUACUCUGCUCAUUCGUUCCGCCGCCUACAGGGCACUGGAGGAGCUGGCAGCUCGUGGGACUGUAUACACCCUGCAAAACGUUCACUGGAGGAGAUUUCUGAUACGCUUGGCACGCUUGGGUUAUUCUGAUCUUCUCGAAAGACUACUGAAGAAAGAGACGAGUAUCGAUUGGAUCAAUGAGACCUUAUUGUUACCUGAAAGCUGGUCUAAGGCUGAGCAUCCAUUGCUGUUCUUUGUGGCAGCCCGGGAACUCCCGAGUUUGUCCCUGUUGAGGCUCCUAGUUGAGACCUUCAAGGCAGAUGUGAACGUGCGAUCAUUUGCAGAGGACCGGAUUUCUGAGCCGAGUGUCUUACAUAUACUGGCACGAGGAGAACACUGGUGGCAAACCAAAGCCGUUCGUUAUGUCUUCACCCAAGGUGCUGAUAUGACCAUGCAAGACCAGGGUGGAUGCACACCCCUCCACAUCGCAAUGAGUGCCGAGCCUCGACGCAUUCAUAUUGUGAAUGCAUUGCUACAACAUGGUUCCAAUCCAAAUGUCAAAGACAAACAUGAUGUUACGAUGGUGACUGUACCGAUGCUAUUCAGCGCUAUUCAGAAUAUAGAUGUGGCACUGGUUGAGGGAAUUCUUGCAGCCGGUGUCAACUGUAAUGAUCCUUUCAAAAACUCGCCGGCUCAUCCCCCCGCCCCCAAAGUGCACAAGAAUUACAUGGAUAAAGAAGCAGUAGAAAAGGACUACAGCCUUUAUAUUCCUCUAAUUGGGGUGGCGGCGAAAAUGCAAUUUGAUAAGCCGGAUGAAGCUCCCAAACACAUAAAGGUGGUGAGAAUCGUGGAGAUCUUAUUGGAACAUGGCGCGAGCCCUUUUGAACCGUUGAACGAGACGACGAUUCUGCAUGCCUUGAUCGACUACGGUGGUACAAUAGGUCCUUUGUUAAGCCUUCCCAAGCUGGACCUAGAGCAACGGGACAACAAAGGUGGAACGGUACUGCUGGCAGCCUGUGGAGGUGAAGACCCAAAAGAGGUUCCAUUUAAUCGAUAUUUGGGCAGUUAUCGAAUUGGACUCAUCAGCCAGCUAUCCGCGAUGGGUGCCAAUGUUUCUACCACUAACAGCAAGGAACAGAACGUGCUUCAUCUAUUAAUGAUAGCCAUGAAGAAAGAGCUUCUUGGGAAAUACAAUGAGGAAGGAUACACUCCGCUCCUCGCUGCCGCCAGAAAACGUGUUCCGACAGCCGUCGCCCUCGCCGAAGCCGGAGCCAACCUCCAAGAACGCGAUUCCGAUGGUAAUACUCUAUUGCACCACUUGGCUAGUCAUCUUUGCAGGCUGUGGGGCAAAGAUGGCCGUUGCGCCUAUAGGUUAAUGAACCUUGGGCUGGAUUUCAACGUUAGGAAUCAUCACGGUGACACGCCGCUCUCUAAAUACAUUCUGUCCUUCAAUGACCAACCGGUGAAAUUUUUCGGUGACCACUAUGUUGACCAGCUGAAAAGAUUUCAGAAAUAUAGGGCUGACUUCCAGAACGUAAAUGCGGCCGGCGAGACACUCUUGCACCUGGCCGCUAGGAUGUCCUGGCAUGCAAAUGCCGACUGUUAUGAGCAGCAUUUAGAUUUUAGUGUAGAGGCCUUUAAAUGCUUGAUGGACAUGAGAUUGGACCCCUUCCAGGAGGACUACCAUAAGAGGACGCCUCUGGAUGUGGCUGCCGCCUAUGGGAAGGAUGAGAUCGUUGCACUUUUCCAGAAGAAGUAG